AUGCCUAGAGCACCAAAGAGGCCUGGUUCUUCCGAUUCGUCCCCCCAAAGCAACAAGCUCGGGGAACGGUCGUGCCGAAGCUGUCACCAGCGCAAGGUCCGCUGUGACCGAAGAGUUCCUUGUACCAACUGUGCAAGAUAUGGUACCCCGUGCGAGUAUCCCACCAGGGACUCGGACAUACCACGGAAAGGUCCCUCUCUAAAAGAUAUCUCUGACCGCUUGGAGCGACUGGAGGUUCUAUUAUAUCGUUUGGUGGAGAGUCAAACUACAACAGGUGGUGGUGGUGGUGCUGGGUUCGAGACUCAACAGGCCCAAUCUGGUGCCAAAAAUCAGGACAAUCCACACGCGGAGUCAACAUGGGAGCUAUUACUGGACAAUAGUCGAGUGAAUACCAUUCAGGAAGAAAAACAAACCGUUCAAUCUCAAACGCAUCAGAAGAAAGACCAUGACGCAUUUCCCACACAGCCAGAUGGUGGUGCUGACAUGGUCUCUGUGUUGGAAUGCUAUCCUGAUCCGCAACUUGCCCUUCGGCUAUGGAAUGUGUACGUCAAAUCGGUCGAUCCGGUCCUUAAGAUUCUACAUAUACCCAGUGUCCAGUCUACCGUUGUUGCAACCAUUCUCGACCCCCGAUCAGCCCCAUCUUCGACGGUGGCGUUGACAUUUGCCAUCUAUUUUGCCGCCAUCACAGCCCUGUGUCAUGAUGAUAGGGAGCCCGUUGACCUGCCCUGUGAGGAACAGGCGCUUUUGAAACGCUACAAGAUGUCUUUGGACCGCCUUCUGAUGGUAACCGAGCUUAUGAAUCGGCCUGAAAUAAUGGCAUUACAGGCCCUCGCAAUCUACGCAACCUGUUUACGGGCCCAUGAAGUUGGCCGGGGUGUAUGGGUCCUCAAUGGACUGGCGAUCCGACUCGCUCAAUCAAUUGGCCUGCAUCGAGACGGCGCCUCUCUCCAGCUGAGCCCAUUUGAAACCGAAAUGCGUCUUCGGCUCUGGUGGCAUCUGUGUGUGCUUGACUCGCGUGCCCCGGAGGAUCAGGGCUUCCAGCCCACAGUCGAUGUUACAAACCGGGGACUCCGGCUUCCUUUGAACGUGAAUGACAAUCAAAUCUAUCCAGAUAUGAAAAGCCUUCCAGUGGAGUCGCAUGGUUGGACAGAAAUGUCCUUCUUCCUCAUCCAAACCGCGUCGUGCCGAUUGCUCCACCCAAUUCUUGACAUUCAAGAGCAACAUUCCGCAGAUACGCUGCUGAAUAUCGUGGAAAAGCGAAAGAUCAUGGACGAGCACCGUAAACAUCUGUCGGCUAGAUAUGGUGAAUUGUUUGGAUCUGGAACACCCACUGAUCUGUCGCGCAUUGCAUUCCAACAUAUCACCACUGCUAGGAAGAAAAUGGAGUUUGUGCUGCAACUUCGCGAGGAGAUCAGCACACAGAAGCAAGAUGUGACUCCUGACGUGCUCAAGCUGUCGUUCAACUUGGCCUGUGAUGGACUGGAAAGCAGUCGUGUGCUAUUGAAGGACGGUCUUGCCUCCAGAUUUAAGUGGUUCUUCAGCAUGUACACGCAAUGGUACGCUCUCGCCUACGUUCUGCGCUGUCUCUGUACAAGCCCUGGUGGCUCCGAGACAGACCGUGCCUGGGCGUUGGUUGAGGAGAUGUUUCCUCAGGGAUUGAGGGUUAAUGUUUCUUCAGAAGGGAUGCAUGAUGAUCACGGAGGUAGCAUUUGGAGAUGUCUCAAUCGACUCCGCCAACAAGCAUUGUCAUUGAGACAAUUGUCCAGCAGUGGACAUUGUACUUCCCAGAUUCCAGAGACCGAAGCAACAGCACAUGGAACAGCCACCAUCCCCGAAUUGGGCGAAUUCAUUGAUGCCAAUCAAAGUAUAUUUUCAUCUCUCGAUUUGUCCAUGCCAGAGAUCCCACUGUUGCCGGAUUGGAAUGCUGUCAUCAAUGGAUGUCUAACUGAAGAUUCAUCCUACUUCAAUUUCAAUGUCACUUGA